UUUGUAGUAACAACAAUGUCUCAACCAAAUAAAGAUCAGCGAAGUCCAGAAGACAUAGACUUUAAGGUCAAAGCGAAUCCAAAAGCGUUUCACAAAUUUAACGGAAAGUUUCAACGCGUUUUAAGGGAUCACGAGGACGAUUUCAAUAUAUUGUCUAUCAGUAUGCAGGAUCAUUUCGAUACUACGAAACAGCCAAAAGAGGAGUUCGGUAAAAAAAUGGAUUGGUGCUAUCAGCUGAAGAAUAUAAUUUCGAAGAACAAUCCAACGUGGCUAUUCAAUAUCGUGCCAACUGGAAGUACAGUAACCGGAUUGGCCACUAAAAACAGUGAUCUAGACGUUGCAAUUCAUAUCCCACAAGCGGCAAGAGUUCUGGAACAAGAAGAACGUGGAAGAAAUAUCACAGAUGACGAACGACAAGCAUCAUGGAGAGAAAUUCAAUUGGAAAUCCUACAAAUUGUCCGUCUUAACUUACAAAAUGAUGAACAGAUCAAUUCAAGAAUUAAUUGGGAACAUGGAAUCCAGCUCGUUCAAGCUCAAAUUCAAAUUUUGAAAGUGAUGACGGUAGACGGAAUCGAUUGUGAUAUCAGUGUAGUUAUGGAUCGAUUUCUGUCAUCGAUGCACAAUUCUUUUUUGAUUCGACAUUUGGCACAUAUCGACGGCCGAUUUGCACCAUUAUGUGCAAUCGUAAAACAAUGGGCAGCCAGUACAAAAGUUAAAGAUCCAAAAGAUGGAGGAUUCAACAGUUAUGCACUUGUUCUACUGGUGAUUCACUUCCUCCAAUGCGGUACAUUUCCACCAAUACUGCCAAAUUUGCAAGAAAUCUUUAAAAAGGAUAAUUUCAUUGCUUGGGAUGACAAAGUCUAUCCAUCAAUUUUGAAUUUUGGUGCACCACUUCCCAAGCCUCUUCCUAGAAUUGCCCCAAAUAAUGCUCCACUGGCAAGAUUGUUCAUCGAAUUUCUAUAUUACUACUCGAUGUUCAACUUCAAAGAAAACUACAUUGGUGCCAGGCCUGUAAUGGUCAUGGAUCGAAGAACAUCACAAAACAAUAUGGUUCGUAGUUCAACAAACAAAGAGGUGUGUAUUCAAGAUCCAUUCGAUGAGCACAACCCGGGAAGAACUGUAAGAACAUUGAAUAGAAUUAAAGAUGUUAUGAGAAGCACAUAUCAGAAGUUUCUCCCUGUCGAAGGCUCCGAAUUCACGUUUCCUACACUAGAUGAUAUUAUCAAUAUGUCACCAGAAGUGCCUAAACCAUCGCGUGCAGAAGUUCGAAACUUCCGAGCUGAAGCCACAGAAGUGAAUCGAGUCGGCUUAGGUGUCUACUGUCGGAACUCAUUUGUAUAGUCUUAAUAUGUCGAUGUUUUGUCUUGUGUAAUUAAUUCAACAAUCUAUUUAUAACAUGGAAACAGUACGGUAUAAUAAAAAUAAACCCGGUAUAAGAC